AAAAGAGAUUUCCAAAAUAAUUUCGCCCGCGGGUAGCUAGCGAUAAAUAAAAAAAUAAAAUUUCGUUUUUACAGCAUCUAAAACUAUAAGCAAUGGAAUGACUGCUACUGCUCAAGUGCCCGCUUUAGGACUAUCUGAUGAAAGCGAGCUUGAGUCUCCAGUAGAUCCUUUGUCUUUGCAUUGCUGGCUAAUUGAAAAGGCUCUCCACCAUGAGGCUUUCAAUCGCCCCGAGUUGCAAGAGGCAUUGCGAAGGUUACGGCAUCGUUUGCCGCCGCGGCAAUUUUUCCACCAUGUUUCAGAUAUGCCACUCAACAGACGAUGUCCUAAACCCAGAUGGCGCGUGUCCCACAACGGGUACCAGAAAGGUAUGUCCCGGCGCGUGUGGGCGCCCUGUAAGCUGGGUCCCGCAAUGCCGCGCGGCAAGUCCCACUCGUACCCGCCGCCGCCCGCGCCCCGCCAGCCCCCUCCCUCCUCCGCCCUCAGCGAAGACUACUCCAGUCUAGACGCGCUCUGUCUACAGAUGACCGAACAAGCCAUCAACUGAACCCACCUACCUGGAAAGAAAAUUUUCAGCAGACGAAGCGAGCCAUUCAUGUGAGUGAUCAAAUUGAACCUAUUAUUUUCUGCUUCGAGUGGAUACAUUGACUCGGAGUGAGUUCGGUUUGAAAAUUGUAUACGUUCCCCGUUGACGUUUUUAACUGAAUCGCAGACUAUAUUGAGAUUGUAAGAGAGUUGUUUUUUUAAUGACACUGUGAUGAAGUGUAGACCAUUGUCUGUAGUGUAAUUCUGAUUUUAUUCGGAAUAAUAGAUAGUCGAGAACCAUCAUAUCUGAAGAUAAUUGUUUAGUCACGGCUAAAUAUAGACUGAAUAUAGUGUCAUUCUUGAUUGAAAAGUUGAAUGAUUGAUUAUCGUAAUUGAGAGUAACUACUGCAUGUAGGGAUGUGUUGACAUAAAUACACUCUCGAGUGUAGGGCUUUAAGUCAUGAUUAUAACUUAGUGCAUACUCGAAUGGAAAUCUGAAAAUACUGCCAGUCAGUUUUUAGCACAAGUGGUACUGUUUGUUUUUGUUUAAUGACAUAUAUGUAUGUGGUCGUAGUUUACUCAUAUUAGAAAUAUAUUUAAUUGCUGGUAUCUGAUAGACCAUCAAAAAGUUUUAUUUUAUUUCUUAUAUAAUUAGUUCAUUGUUGAAAAUGUAGAAUAUUUAUGUUAUUUUGAAUAUACACUUUGGGUAUAUAAUACAUGAUAAGUUUAUCUAAAUAUAUUAUAAUAAUUAUUGUAGCCAAUUAAAAAUAAACCCCCUUUCAUUCCUCAUACAGUGUACAAGUAUUUUAAAUAUGAUUUUAUUUUAUUCUAUUCUUAUGACGUUAUGAAGCUAAGCAGAUACGACGAGUCAAUUUUGUAUUUAUUAAAUAUUAUAAUGUGUGUUUCUGUUACUAAAACAUAAUAAAAAUAAUAGAAGACUUAAUUUAAUUCAUAUUAUAAUAAAUUUCUGAAGAGCUGACAUCGAAGUUAAAGUAUAAGCCUAAUUCAACAUGAAGUAUUUCGGACGUAGUUAUAACAAGCAUAGCAUCAUUUUAUUUAAGUGAUUUAAACUAAAAAAUAGUAAUUUUCCUUCCACAUCAUGUUUAUUUUGUUUCUUAUAUGAUUACAAAUAUGAUAAUUCAUUGGAACUCACAUGCACAGGUGUUGGUAAUGUGUACAAUCCACAAACGUUUAGAAUUUAAAUCCACUUUAUUUUUAUAGAGAAAAAUGAGAGCUAAUAAAAUGAUGCCUUAAUUUAACCUAAAAUACAAAUUAAUAUUGGUGGUUGUAAGAAAUUGUUCUACUGUUUAGGUGUUGUAAAACAAUUUUUAUUAGAUGUUCGACUUUAAUAUCAAUCAUGUGUAAUUGUAACAUAAAUAUAUAAGAUAUUGUUUACUUAAUUAUUAUAAUGAAUUUAGUAUCGGCAACAACGAGUUGGUUCGACACUGCAAUAUGUAUAAUGCAAACAAGCCAGUCCUUCAAUUUUCUGGUGCUACUAUUUAAUUUAUACACAGUCAUUAUAUUCAGAGUAAUAUGUAAAAAGCUAAAUAAUAAAGUGUUAGUUCAAUUUCUAAUGAAAUGUGUAUAUACAAUUACAUAUAAUAAUGAUAAUUUGUUGUGGGAUGUUCCCAAUUAUUAUUAUUUUUAAUUAUUAAUAAAAUGUUGAUAUUUUUUAGUGGAAGUGUAUUCCGAUUCCUGUUUUAUUAUUGAAAUAUUACAAACCGAAUGAAAAUACUAGAAGUUUUCAGUUCAUGCAAAGAAUAUUUGUUUAUCAUUGAUAUAAAAAGUCACUGCUAGAUAAAUAAUGAAAGUAUCGCGGCCUAAAUUGACAACUGCUUUAAUGUUUUGUAAUUUUUCCCCAUGAGAUUGUAUGUACGUAGGUAAUACAAUAGAUAUUCGUACAUUUGUUAAAUUGUGAUUGUUGACUUGUUACACUUUGCACACCAUGUUUUCUUUUAAUAUGAAUGAAUGUUGAUGAAAUUAGAUGUAUACCUGUUGACUGAUGGUUGAAUAAUUUAAUGACAUUUGCGCAGUUUUAUUUAUUUAGAUUAAUAUAUUAUCUAUAUUGUAUUUUGACUGGAUCAAAUAUCUGAUUGUAACGUGUGCAAUUUGUUAUGUUAAUUUACUUACGAAAUGUUAUUGAUUCCAUGUAAAUAAUGGACAAGCAUGCAAUGUAUUUAUUAAUAUACACUUAAUUAUAACUAGUAAGAUUUAUGUUUUUGUACAAACCAUAGAUGUGUUGAUAAGAUGUAUAAAUUACAUCAUAAAUUAAUUUAAUUAAAAUAAUUAAGGUUGACAUUUAUGGAAUUUUAUUUGUAAAUUUUUAUUUAUUAAGCAGUCCAUAAUGUUUUUAUUUGUGUAUGCAAAUUUUCAUAUUGGUUAGCGCUAGAGUUUUAUGAUGCAAUAAUAAUAAUACUUUUCAUUGUUAGUUCACACGCUUAUAUUCUGUGUAAGCAAAUCUAUCUUUUCUUUCUGUUUUACUUUGAUUCUGUCUGUGGUGGACUGUGAUAAUGUUUUAUGUUUGUAUAAUGAUAUUCAUCAGCACUAAGUAUAAUAAAUACUAUUGUAUAGUCUACUUUGUUGUUAUUUUUGAAUCAUAAUUCAAAUAAGUUUAUUAC